AUUAUUCAUUUUUAAAAAUAAAAAUAAUUUUUUUGUAUGAAGACACCACAAUUUUUGUGGACAUUUUUUAAUCACUUAAAAACGAUGGUCUACAAAGAUUACAACUAUUUUGGACAUUUUCAUUUUUAAUUAUUUUAUAAAAAGCUUAAAAAAAAAUACUACUCACUCUCAUUUUUUUAAAGUAUAUUUUCCAAUACUCUACAAAAAUAACAAGAAGUCUAAAAAAUUAUUUUUAAGUUGUAACCCUAAUUAAACUCCUCUGCCUAUUUUCUUCCCCACACGACUCACGACUCUACGAGAACACAAUCACAGGUAGUUAUCGCCGGCCUUUCCUCCGCCUCGCUUCUCCGGUGCUCCCCAUCUCGUCUCGCAGCUGCUUCAACACUGUCAUCUACUGCCAGUCUCCAUCGUUUCAUCUCCUUUCCUUCUCCUUCUCCUGUACUGGUCCUCUUUCUCCUUUUCUGAUAUUGAUUAGCAAUUUAUAGUUUCCUCUCCUCUUUCCAGUAACGAUUAGCGAUUUCCGUUUGCUCCUUCUCCGACGUUGUGGUAUCCGUUUUAGGGUUUUUGUAAAUUAACGAAAUUGAUAUUUGAGAUGCGGUUAUAGAAGGACUUUACCAAACACUUUUCUAAAUGAAUUCCCCGGCGGCGGUCAAUCGACCGCUCCGAUUCUCUCCGGCCACCAUUUUUCAGAACCCUAGGAGAAUCAGAAUCAGAAGCAUCAGAUUACCUCACCAGUUGGAUGAAUCGUCGUCUUGUUGUACUAUAUCGACUCUCACCUCCUCUAAAAGAAUAGAAUCUCAACACCACGGAUACAAAGUUCGGAGUUCUUCUCAUUUGCUGCGAAAACCUAGGGUUUCUUCCGACGAUGCUCAGCCGAGUGUUCCUUUUUAUGAAUCUGAGGUCUCGGAGCCUAGUUUCCUUGAGUUUAUUACUUCAGAGAGAGUUAAAGUUGUUGCAAUGGUGGCUUUGGCGUUGGCACUCUGUAAUGCAGAUCGUGUUGUGAUGUCUGUGGCUGUAGUUCCGUUGUCUCAGUCCCGUGGCUGGAGUCAAUCCUUUGCUGGUGUUGUUCAGUCAUCAUUCCUCUGGGGAUAUCUGAUAUCACCAAUUGCUGGAGGAACUCUAGUGGACUAUUAUGGUGGCAAAGUAGUGAUGGCAUGUGGUGUAGCUUUAUGGUCAAUGGCUACAUUUCUCACUCCAUGGGCUGCUGAAAAUUCUCUUUGGGCACUACUUAGCAUGCGUGCUUUACUUGGAGUUGCAGAAGGUGUAGCACUUCCAUGCAUGAACAACAUGAUAGCAAGAUGGUUUCCACAAACCGAAAGAUCAAGAGCUGUUGGGCUUGCAAUGGCUGGAUUUCAGCUUGGAAGUGCAAUUGGACUCACACUUUCUCCUAUUUUAAUGUCACAAGGUGGUGUAGGAGGCCCUUUUAUAAUAUUUGGAUUAUCUGGAUUUCUUUGGGUUUUGGUUUGGGUAUCUGCAACUUCUAGCACACCUGAACGAAGUCCUCAAAUAUCAAAAUACGAGUUACAAUAUAUACAAAGCAAGAGGAAGAAAUCCAUCAAGGAUGAAACUAGUCAAACAAAGUCAACCAAAAUAAUCCCACCCUUCAGACGUUUGCUCUCUAAACUCCCAACUUGGUCCCUCAUAAUUGCAAAUUCCAUGCAUAGCUGGGGAUUCUUUGUUAUUCUUUCAUGGAUGCCUAUUUACUUCAAAACAAUUUACCAUGUUGACCUUCGACAAGCAGCAUGGUUUAGUGCUGUUCCAUGGAGUAUGAUGGCAUUAGUAGGUUACUUUGCUGGUGUUUUCUCUGACAAUUUGAUUCAAAGUGGUAUGACUAUCACUUUGACUCGAAAAAUCAUGCAGUCAAUUGGUUUCAUUGGACCUGGUUUUGCUCUUAUUGGUUUAAUUAUGGCGAAAAGUCCGGUUGUUGCUUCUGCUUGGCUCACGUUAGCAGUGGGCCUAAAAUCAUUUAGUCACUGUGGCUUCCUAGUCAACUUUCAGGAAAUUGCUCCACAGUAUUCGGGUGUUCUACAUGGUAUGUCAAAUACUGCAGGGACAUUGGCUGCUAUAAUUGGGACAGUUGGAGCUGGUUUUUUUGUUGAGUUGGUGGGUUCUUUUCAGGGCUUUCUGUUGCUUACGUCAUUUUUGUAUUUCUCAGCUGCUUUGUUCUGGAAUAUCUAUUCCACUGGUGAAAGGGUGAAUUUUGAUGAAGCUAAUUAAGUAGCUCUUUUUUUUGGGGGGAUAUAAUCUUGUUGUAGAUAUGAUGUUUCCUAUGUAGUUAUGUAAGAUCAAUGUAACAUCUUUGUAGUUUAUACAUGUGAAUCGAGAAGGAAUUGUGAUUACAAUUUACAAACAUGUUAGGCCUUCA